GCUGGUCAGGAAUCUUUUAGGUCUAUCACUCGAUCCUACUACAGAGGAGCAGCAGGAGCACUAUUGGUUUAUGACAUAACCAGGAGGGAGACAUUUAAUCAUCUAGUGAGCUGGCUCGAGGAUGCCCGGCAGCAUGCCAAUCCCAACAUGACAAUCAUGCUCAUUGGGAACAAGUGUGAUCUUGCCCAUCGGAGGGCCGUCAGCAAAGAGGAAGGGGAACAAUUUGCAAAUGAGAAUGGGCUUAUAUUCAUGGAGGCAUCUGCUAGAACAGCCCAAAAUGUUGAGGAGGCCUUCAUAAGCACUGCUGCAAAGAUACUUCAGAAGAUACAAGAAGGUGUAUUUGAUGUGUCAAAUGAGUCAUCUGGCAUCAAGGUUGGGUAUGGCCGUCCACAAGGGCCAGCAGGAGGUCGAGAUGGAACUGUUGCUCAGAGGGGAGGAUGUUGCAGCUGAUAGGAAUCUGUUUCUGAUCAUUUUGUGAAUUUGAUCUCUCUAGUCAUUCUGUAAAGAGAAUCUACUCUCUUCAUUCAUGGUCAUGUAAUCUUCAGUAACAUGAAAUGUAUAGGCAUUACUUGAACACGUGUUGAUAACAGUAUCUCCUUUAGAUUCACAUUUUUUCCGAAAUGAUCUUCUUUGCGUUGGGACUGUAAUUUUCAGACAAAUGUUCUGAAACAUGGUGUUUAACUUCUUGCAUUGCCCUCCUGUGAGGAUCAUGAGUUGGCAUCAAUCACUUUGUUAAGGUGGGGUGGGAUGAAGUACUGAGAAACUGAGUUGCAAUGAAGGAAAUGCUGUAUCUGAUUAUAGUCAAUUGGGAACAAUGUUAAUGCUAGCAGUUCAUUUGGAGA